AUGACAGCGUCUACGGUACCGAUCAUUGUGAAUGCGGCGUCGCAGCUCGAGAUCGAUGUGGACACGCUCGAUGUGGCGCUUACGCAGCAACUCGCGUCGGUGGGCGUGCAGCCAAACGAUAUGACAUCGAACCAGUUUAUCGUCGCGGACGCGCUGCGGUUGGCGCAGAACGAGGCGUUGCUCGACGACGUAGUGCGCGGUAGUGGUGCAGGCGACUGGUUGGCCAUCCUGGACCGCGUGAGUGUCAGGCUAUGUGCGCAGAAUCUGGCCAACAUUUCAGGACGUGCGCUGUUGCAGGUAUCCCCCACGCAUGCGUACGAUACCGAACAAAUCGUCGAGCAUGCUCUUGCGUAUGAUCGCGAGUUCAGCGCACUCGGUAUCGGCAAGCACAGAUACUGCAUCAAGAUCCUCGCCACACCGGCGGGUGUCAAGGCGGCUUGGAUCCUCGAGUCGCAGCAUGCUAUUCGAACGCUCGCAACCGGCGUGUUCAGCGUCGCCCAGGCGCUCGCCGCUGCACAGGCUGGAUGUCUCUACAUCUCACCUUACUACAACGAGAUCCUGGCGCACUUUACCGCGCCCGACGAAAGGGCUGUGUACGACGACCCCGUCUCGCAACAUCCCAUGUCUCCUCGAAUGGCUCACAUCUACCAAGCCUACCGGGAGCUUACGCUCGCUAAUCCAGCCGCUAGACCGCCAGUGAUCAAAUCGGCGUCUUUUAUCGGCAUCAACGAGGUGCUCGCCAUGCCUCAGCUCGGUGCACAACAAGCGACGAUCCUAGCGCCUAUACUUAGCGAGAUGAUCCAACGCACAGGCAUGCGUGCCACCACCAAGCCGUACCGGCCGAGCAAGACAUACGACGUGGCGCUCCCGGAUUCGACGCUGGCGCUCCUGAAGAUCGACCGUCUCCGUGCAGACGGCGUAGCGCAGCAAUUCGAUCUGAGCGUCGACUACCUGUCGCACAACGCUCAACAGCUGGCGCUCGCCAUCUCGAACGAUCCCGAGACGCAACGAAGGCUCAACGACGCGAUCCGCGUCUUUGAAACCGCCCAACUCAACGCCAAGACAGUGAUUGAUGCUGCCAUCGCCCGAGUCAAUGCGGCUCACAGCUGA